AUAAUGUGAAUUUUGCCUUGAGAGUAAUCCUGAAACAAACACAAUUCCUGAGACAAACGACUUUUCACUGGGGUCAAUUGUUUCUGUAAAAACCUAUCCCCUCUUUUCUCUCUCUCUCUACCCUGUCAGUUUUGCUAGCUCGCUCUCGCUCACAAGGGUUUCGUCACUCGAUUCAAAGGUUAAAGGUUAAAGAUUCGAGAUCCAGUUGCAUGAGCCGAGACGAAUAGAGCAAGGUUUCUCUAUGGGUGAAAGGAGGAAACGCAGGUCAAUGUGGGAUAUGGAAGAGGAGACCAAACAUUUUUCUGAUAUGAGUAAACACAAUUCUUCAAUGGGAAAGGAUCACCGUUCUAAUCACGAUGGAGGGCGUUAUCGUCAAUUUUCUGCAUCUGGAACCUAUGCAGCACAAACAUCUAGAGAUCACUCCGGACAGCAAUCUUGGGAAUCAACUGAAGAAAACUCGGUUGCUCCAAUGAAUGGCAGGUUCAGCAAAAGUAGACAAAACGGUCCUGAACGGAAGGAACUAGGUGGGGGAAACAGAUAUUACCAGGAAAUGUCUCCUGGUUUGGAUGGAAUGGAACCGCAUAAAUAUAACCAUUCUCUUGAAAACGAUCGAAGCCAUGCUCUUAGUCAUAGGAACAUGGGAAGAGCCAGGAGCAGGAGUCGGAGCAGAAGCAUGCCUCGAGGCAGGAGCCGCAGUAGGAGUUUGAGCAGAGGCAGGGGAAGAGAGAGAGGAAGAGGCAGGAGCAGGAGUAGAAGUAGAAGCCCAAGUGACAGUGCUGUAAGGGUUCAGACAAGAAGUCGUAGCCCAACAGGAGAUUAUAGACAUCAAUCUCAUGCAUGGAAUGACAGAAGUGCACCUAACAAAUCAACCCAAAUCUGUAGAGAUUUUGCUUCAGGAGGGUGCAGGAGGGGCAGUCAAUGCAGAUUUUUUCAUCCUAAAAGUACUAGUGGGGAUCGAGACCAUAUUUCUAACAGUUCUUACAGCAGAGGUGACGAUGUUUCCGAUCCUUAUCAUGGACAAAGCGAGCAGUUCCAAAACAAAAGUAGAAGUGCAGUUCCUUGCAAGGACUUUGUAAAAGGUAACUGCAGAUGGGGAGACACUUGCAGAUUUUCGCACCAUUUUGCCUCUGAUGAAUCUUUUGGCAAAGGCACUAGAUAUAAGUCCUUUGACAAUGACAUUGAGCUCGAGCCUUGCAAAAACGGGAAACCUGUUUGCAAGUAUUUCGCAGCAGGCAACUGUGAUCGGGAUAAUUGCAGGUUCUCUCAUGAGGGUCCAAAACCAAAAGGCCAAGAAGACAGACGAGGUUAUGGUAGAGAAGUAGGCACAUCUGAAGCUAUACGUAACGAAAAUACGGCUAACGAACAGGAAGAUCUCAUAUUGCAUGGUUUGCAGUUGCAAACUCAGGACGUGAAUUCGGACAUUUUAGGACAAAACAAAUUGCUGGAUGAUCAAAGUUUUCCUAUGACAGCAUGGCAGCAGAAUGUUUCUCCAGUUCCACGUAUUCAACAGCAGAAUCAUGGACUAGUAGAAAAUAAUCUAGUCAGUUCAUCAUUCCGGUCUGAGGUACUUGACGAGGCGAAGGACUUCAGAAAUACCACUAAUCCAAUUUUUUUCUCUGGACAGAACUUAAAUCAUCAAAAUUCUGAAAAUGUGUUCCCCGGGCAAUCUUCCGUUUUAAGUGAAACUGAUGGUGGGAAAAACAUGCUCGGUCCUAAUCCAUUAAAUGGUUUUGGUUCUGACUUGAGUGGAUCCGAGACACAUCUAGCAGUUCGUUUGAGUUUGCAGAACCUUCACAAAGCUGUCCAAAUGACAGGGAUGUUAGAAACAGAGGUCCCACAAUUUUUUCCCACUUUAUUAGCCAGCCAGGAUUCUGCUCCACCGACAAAAUCUCCGGUUUGCGACGAGCAAGAAAAUCACACUGAACGAAAGAAUGGCGGCGAACCUGAUAAUUUGAAAGUGGAACUUUCCGGAAGUCCAAAACUGAAGCAAGAGAAGGUUCUUGGAAAUGCAGAACUGAACGAAGGCAAUAGAGGCGAUGGUGAUGAAAGCAAGGGAUUUCAAAACAAUAAGCAGUCUGAAACUGUGGAUGGCCAUGGGAAAGUUGAAGAGAGCACCACUAACAAGGAUGACAAAGGAAUCCGUAUAUUUAAAAAUUCUCUCGUAGAGUUUGUAAAGGACCUCUUGAAGCCCACGUGGAAAGAAGGUAAAAUGAGUCGAGAAGCUCACAAAACUAUCGUGAAAAAGGUGGUUGACAAAGUAACCAGUACAAUUCAAGCCGAUCAGAUUCCAAAGACGCAGGAAAAAAUCGAACAGUACCUAUCGUAUUCGAAGCCCAAAAUUGCCAAACUUGUACAGGCAUACGUGGGGCGUUGUUCAAAGAAAGAUUCUUGAAUCAUGGUAUUGUAUAUUUCCUAUAGUAUUUAAAUAGACGCAUCACCCAUGAUGUGUUUAUCCUGUAUGUUCUAUACUUGGAUUAUUCUUUUGCUUAGUUUUUGGAACUGCACAUUCUUCCCAGUAGAUCAUUUCUGUAACGUUUUAACCUAUUUAUCAGUGUGUUGAGUUUGAGCAUCUUAUCAAA